UGCACCUUAAUCAUCAUGUAUCAUAAAUCAAAAUCAGUACAUUUGAAGAGCUCUGCGUCGUUGAGAUACAACAAUCUUUCUGUUCUGUGCUCGCCGGAGCGGAAUGUGACAUGUUACGCUGUUGUUCACAAGGCGGUGGUGAAUAUCUCGAACUGUGCUAGCGAAGGAGCGGGGAGCGGUGUCAGCCCCAAUGUCACACAGCGACAACUGCACUGCAAAGAUGUGGCAGGCGUCACUCAGAAUGCAGCCAUCCUUGAGGCCAAAUUCUGUGAAUUGCCAUCAAGAACUCUAAUGGUGGUAUGCUGUCAGAAAGGUGUACAGAUGUUUGAACCAGAUAGCUCAGCAUUGGUCUUUUGGCAUGCUCUAUUCAACUCUGAUGGCAACGAUGGCUUUCUAUUUACCAGAGGGAUAGCAUCUGUGCUAGAUAGCUUCAUUGCAGUUGGGGCUGCAUUCGUUCGUGAUCCCGAAUCGCCAGGUACAUCCACUGGUUCUGUACUGGUAUUUUCCAUCCCAUCUCGAGGAACCAAUGUCCAGCUAAGUGAGACACUGAGCGGUCACUCUUAUCCCAUCAGCGCAGUAGCCGGUGCAGGGGACUUAAUGGCUAGCGGUGAUGAUAGUGGUUGCAUCAUGGUCUGGCAGGCUGGACCUAAGUUCUAUCAGUUGACCAGGAUCAACGGCGGAGGGGCUACAUGUUCAUCUCUGUGCCUGUAUAAGAACCUGGUAAUAGGAGGCUAUGGGACCGGUCAUAUUCGUUUCUUUGAUACACAGAAGGGAAACCUCAUGACUGAAAUAUGUGCACACGCCAAGUGGAUUCAUGCUAUGGAUCUAGCCCCCUCUGUUGGCCUGUUAUUGUCCACAUCCGAAGACACCAUGUUGAGAGUAUGGUCAUUGAAAGCUGAUGACAACCAAGCAAAGGUAUCACUUGCGCACCAAGAAUGCAUCACCGACGUACAGCUAUGCGGAGCUAAAUUCCUUGACAAGGAAGGCCAUUCCUUCUGCGUGAGCGGAUACGAUGCGCCGGAGGUUGUGUGUUUCACUAAAGGUUAAAGGUCAUCAUACAUGAUAGAUGAUGUCGUUUUAAUCUGUAUUCUCCUAAUUUAUUUAAAACUUGAUCCUGUGUCUAAGAUCACAUUUAACGAAAGAAAUUUUGACCUUAGAAUAAUCUCUUUUGCUAAACCUGAUUUUGAACAAAAGCUCAAGACCAGUGCCUGGUUUAUAUUUGAGUAGAUUAAGGGUUGGUGAGUUUAGAGGUUUACUGAACAGGGUUGAUGCAAAAAAAAGAGUCUUAUAAAGUGGUGGUCGGGUUCUGGUAAGAGAAAAAUUGUGAUGAUGAGCAUUCUAUCAAAUCUUAACUUCAUAUAAAAACAAGAAUCCCAUUUGGAAACGUGUUCUGUUUGUUAGGCGUCUCAAGACAACUCAGAUUUGGCACAAACUUAAAGUAAAUGAAACAUGUGAUUUCAGGUAAUUAGUCCAGUGGGUUGCUUGUCUUGUGCUGAUUUGAAUUCAUGUAUGGCGUGUACAUUUACAGUGAAUGAGUUGUUCAUCCUAGUGUAUUGUACAUAGAGCCUGAAGUUGUGACAAUCAUUGAUUUGCUUAGCUCACUGAGCAACUCAAAUGGCUAUUGGAAGAAUCACAGUAAGCAUUGAUUAGCUUGAAGUCUGCACAAAAUGUGAACAUCUUGUAUUUUUUGUACAAUUAUGUUGCACAUUACUGUUUUCAUUGUGUGAAACAAAACUAUGAAUGGAUUCAUCAUGUUUCGAUCAUUCCAGUGUAUUUGUCCUUACCAGAACUCAUCUAUCAUUCAAAUUAAAUUAUUACAAGAGUUGGAUUGCCCUUUAAGUAUGUAAAGGAAUACAUACUUGCAAGCUCUUGCCAAUAACCUCAGCAAAUUGUUUAGAAGCAUGAUGCGAACAAAUAAGUGUACAUUUCUUGUAUGCCUUAUGCCAGGUAAAGAUUAGUUGAGGUUAAAGGUUACCUGAGUGCUUAGAAGUGAAAGGCUCCAAACCGUGUAGUCCCAAUAAUGUGAUCUUAUGUGAUUGAAUGUACUGUAUUGACAAUGUCUAAAGUUCAUCCCUCAGUGUGCUGUAUAAGCAUAGUGUAAGACUUGUUAUUUUCAUAUCAGGUAAUUUUAAAGAAUAUGGUAUUUAAAAUUGUGAAAUCCGUUGAAUUUAUAUUCUGUAAUGUUCUGUAACAUUAGUGGC